AACGUAAAAACACGCGGAAUCCUCUGGUUGUGACCACUCCUGCACAACUUGCCUUUCGCUUGAGCCAUUAUUCUGGAUAACUCUCUGACAGCUCAACUUUGUUUCAUUUCGCGUCACAUGGUGUUAAUGACUCGUUGUUUGAAGAAGAGUUGAUUAGUAAUCUGAAAGAUUUGCUCCAGUCUCUUUAAGAGAUAAAUAUUAUUUGCAUUUGGUCAUACAUAAAGUUGAAGAACUCUAAUGGCGAAAUCUAAUCCGUGGAUAAAGAAAGGGAAGCUAUUAAAUGGAGAGUUAUUUACCAAGUAUCGAAAUUAAUAGAGAAACUUCUACGGGAAGCGGAAGAUGAAAAUAAACUGGUGAGGGAUUAAAUUUUGCUUUUACAAUUUUAUCGGUUUUCUUCUUCUAUUCUUUCUUUUGAGUUUUGUGUGGUGGUUAUUAUUUACCCCAAUGAGCAAGAGAAGAAUGAAAACUUUUCUGCAUGUGUUUUGAAUUGAUUGAUUGAUUCGCUCCCCCAACUCAAAAAAGAUUGAACGUUAUUCAUCAAUGGACUCAUUCAAAGGCGGGGGAAGGAAUGAUUGAUUUUGAAAAAAAGUUCACCGACGAAGAAGAAUUCCAGACGGUGACAGAAAUCCGUCCGUCGCUUCUUCUGAGCGGCGGGGACGCCAUGAACGGCGGGACGAGCCUUUACGAGGAGUCCAAUACGAGCCGUACCAGCGGAGAAACCACAACCACCAACAACGGCUCGGCGGCUCUCCAACCCUUGCAUAUCCCUGCCAAGCGACUCACUCCUAACAACAAUCUGGCCGUCACCUACGCCACAACGGAUUGCAACGGCGGGGACAGCUCUGCGGCCUCUGGAGUCAUCCGACACGGUGGACAGCCGGGCUGGAAUGCCGCCUACUCACCGGAGGCCCAUUCGGCAUUCGUGGAUGCACACCACGUUCCUCAGUACAACCAUCAGCCUUUGUGCCGAGACAGCGUCGGUUAUUACUACAACACCACUAUCGACCGCAAGCCACCGCAAACUUCUUCCAUCAAAUUCUGGCCCAAUUCUUACGAUGCGGGUCCCAGUACUGUUACACCGGUUCCGGCCGAUACCUGUCAAUCCUUCGCUCCACAGACUUGGUGCAAUUAUUCACCGUAUUCAGGGACUAGGGUCCAUCCCGGCCAUAUGGAACCUCACACACCUCAGCCUGUAUCUUAUUUCCCAACAGCAGAAGAUAGGCCUAGAGUUCCCGGUGCCAUGGAUAGUUAUCCACAGACUGAUGCAUAUGGGCUGCGGAGUUUCCCCACCGAAGUACACUGCCCUACAACUUUCGUCCAGUCUGGUUCAGGAGGAGAAACUAUGACUACAACUAAUCCUUUGGAAUGGACAGGCACAGUGACCGUGCGGAAGAAACGAAAACCUUAUUCCAAGUUUCAGACCCUUGAAUUAGAGAAAGAGUUCCUUUUCAAUGCUUAUGUCUCUAAACAGAAGAGGUGGGAGCUCGCUCGAAAUCUGAACCUCACUGAGCGCCAAGUGAAAAUAUGGUUUCAAAACAGAAGGAUGAAAAGCAAAAAGACGAGCCAGAGGAAUGCAGAAAAUAACCAAAAUAAUACAAACACCAACAGCAACAAUAAUAGUCAGCAGCAUAGUGCUGCCGCCAAAUUGAGUGCAUAAUUUCAAGAUGCUGUGGUUGGUUGUAUCUGAUGAAUCUUAGUACUGAAUGCAUUGUAACUAUAAGAAUAAUUUACAGCAAACUGAUGAUGAAACUCAAUCUAGAGAUUAGGAAAUUUGUAGUUCUCAUUUCUCGAAAGGCAUUUUUUUUAUGCGUGUUUAACACCAGAUAGAAUCAUUUAAAACAUCUGGCUAUAUUUUAAAGAUAAUUUCGGAGGAAAAUUUAUUAGGGGAUCAUAUAAAAAUUAUAAUUUUGAAAUUCAAAUGUUAGAUUUUGGUUAGAUUUCAUUAAUUGAUAAGGGCUUUUGCGUUAAGUAAUAAUUGAAGAAAUUUGGCAUUUUUAGGUGAUAAUAUUGAAUAACUAAAAUCAGUGUCGCAACUAGGCAGAUAUAGCAGGUGUAAAAGGACAGUGUCCAGAAUAAAGGUAGGUGAUCUUAAACUUUCAUUUCUGAGUUUCGAGGUACCAUAAGGAGAUCACAUGCCUAUAAAAGGUAAGUUGCGGCACUGGCUAUAAAUGGCUUUAAUUUUCUCUUUAUUAAAUUGAUACAAAUGUUAACAACAAUAAAAAUAAUGCUUUCUUUAAAGAAAAGAGGUUUUAAUUUUUUAAUUUCGUAACAUAUAUUUUUCUAAUGCCCUGAAUAUUCCCAUGCCUUCAAAUAUGCCUAUUCAUGCCAUUUCAAACCGUUGAAACAUUUUAAAAUUUAAAAAUAUGUUAUAUGAAGAGAAAUAAAAAUAAUCUUCUCUUUCUCAUUUUUUAAAAUUUUUGUUUCGAAAUGACAAUUACAAUCUAAGUUUUUUAUGAAUUGAAUUUUUCUAUUAACCUUUUCAGAACUCGUUAAGUUUUUUCGCUGAAAAAAAUUAGUGGGGAAAAAAAAAAAAGGAAAAAUUGUUCCAAGAAAAUGAUGAGGUUACAGAAUUUUUUUCUGUUUAAAAGUCAAAUAAAUUUGAUAAAUUUUCAAAAAAUUUAUAAUUUGAAUCAACUUUCAUUUCAAAGACAUUCAAUUAAUUCGUGCAAUUUUGCAGGCAAUAAUGCAAAACCAUUGUUAGAUAAAAACAAAUUCUUAAUUACAUUAAAUAUGAAUAUCGGGGCUGAUUUCUUUAAGUAUAAAGUUUACAGGCAAAUUCCUAAAGAAAUCAAAGAUACAACGUGGGUAAUUUAUUUUUUAAAAUGUUUCGAAGUUAAAUCAGAUAAAAUUCCAUAGUAAAAUAUUCAGAAUUUCACGGCGAAUAACCGCAAAUACACCUGAGAACUCUUGUUAUAACAACUGCCUCAAAAAACUGAGAACUGCAAACGUCCUUCAUUCUUACUGAGUUUAAACAGAACCUGCCAAAUCAGAAUCAGCGGCGUUACCAGAAGUUUUUUCAAUGUGGAACCUAUGGGCAAAGGAUACAACUAUUGAAGACCUACUUAAAUUAUAAAUAGGAGUAGGUCUUAAAAAAAACUCUGAAUGUAAAAACGUUUAACGUGAAAUACUUUUGCCAUAAAAGGACACUCAACUUGAAAGUUCUUAUAUGACUCAUGAUUUGAAGUUCAUUUGGUCAAAUGAUUAUCAUUCGCAGAAUUGUACUUGAUGUAUAAAGUGGGACAUAUUCGUUGUACAAAAACAAACAAUGGUCGAAGUGCAGGAUACUUUCGACUUUUCAUCUUUAUUAGAAAGCAUUUAUUUAUUGACUUGGGAGCUUUGAUUCGUUUUUGCUUUUUCGAUUUUAUGUCAACAGAGUGUUUCUAAACUAUUAGCUGUAUAGAAGGUAUUUAUCGUUGUUUUGAUAGUGGAAGAAUUGAAAAGAACAUUCGAAGCACAAAUUUUUAAGGUGAAAAAGAGCCUUGGUUUUGUUGAACAGGCUUAUUUCUGCUCAUAGUAUAGGUAUCUUUAAAAAGUUUCACCAGCCAUUUUACUGUAGAAGUGUCAUGUACUAAAAAAUGCAUUGUGUACUGAGGAACAUUUGAAUGUGAAAAAAUAUUUGCAUAAGAUAUUUUUAUAGUGCCAUCUAUAGAUGUAAAGUUCACGAUUUAGAUACUGUGUAAAUUCUAAGAUACACAUUAAAUUAAUUUAUUUUGCAUCUAAGAGUUAUAUAUUGUCACAUAAUUAAUAAGCAUUUAGACAAUUCAUAUAAUGCUGCUGAUAUAAAAGAUUGGAUCAAAAUAUUACUUUUGUCAAAUUAAUGUGCAUUUUUUAGACAAGUAAAUGGUAUACAAGAUCUUGUAAAAUUCUAUGAAUUUUUUAUAAAAACUCAAGAAUUUUUCCUGCAUAGAAAAAAAAAAUGCAUCUAGACUUUAAUUUUAUUAUUUUUCUCCUUUUAUUGUUGUUCAUUCAAUUUUUAUAUUGGAAAAGUGGAGUAAAAAUUAGAUAUUUCUUGCUGUCAUUUUUGUUGAUUACCUUUAAAAAGCAAAAUAUCCUUUUUUAAGUAUAAAAAUACUGUAAAUCUAAAAGGAAUUUUAACAUAUGAAAAAAUUACAGUUUUUAUAUUUGGAAUUAAAUUUUUAAAUAAAUAUAAAAUGAAAUAA